GGUAGUCUGGUCCCCUGGGGAGAUGGGGGGUGCGGUUCAUAUUGGCUUGGGGACACAUGGGCUGGGGAUGGCCAGGGACCUCCAGUACCCAUGAGGGAUUCCUGUUCUUCCCAGAUGGACUCCAGGAGCUCCCAGCCAGGGGAGCAAGACAUGACAGAGGCAGGGGCUGAGCAGGAGCUUCGGUGGGUGGAGCUGGGCUCAGAGGAGGCUCUGGAAGCCAGGACCGAGAGCCCCAGUGCCCCGGAAGCCUGGGGGCUCCUGCUGCAAGCUGUGUGGAGGGGUCACCUGGGCCUGGCAACAAAGCUACUGCGUCAAGGGGCCAGUGUGGAGGAGAGGGACCACAGGGGCAGGACCCCGCUCCGCCUGGCCAUACUGCGCGGCCACGUGCCCCUGGUGCGUCUCCUGCUGCGGCGCGGGGCCGCGGUGGGGGCUGCCGACCGCGCGGGGCGCACACCCCUCCACGAGGCCGCCUGGCAUGGACACUCGCGGGUGGCCGAGCUCCUUCUGCGGCGUGGGGCCCCAGCGGCGGCGCGCUCGGGGGCCGGCCUCACGCCGCUGCACUGGGGCACGCUGCUGGCCGGGCACCUGCUGGGCACGCCGGGACCAGGUCCCUCGGCGGCGGAUGCGCGCGGCUGGACGGCGGUGCACUGGGCGGCCGCGGACGGCCGGCUGCCGGUGCUGGAACUGCUGGCGGCGGAUGGCGCGGGCCUGGACGGCGCCCUGAUGGUGGCAGCCGCGGCCGGGCGCACGGCGGCGCUACGCCUCCUCCUGGCUCGCGGGGCGCGGGUGGACGCCCGGGACAGCAUGGGGACCACGGCGCUCGGCGUAGCGGCGAGCCUGGGCCGCAGGCAGGACAUGGAGGUGCUGCUUGACCAUGGGGCAGACCCCAGCCUCAAGGACAGGCACAGUCGCUCUGCACUCCACAGGGCUGCUGCUGGGGGACAUCUACCUGCUGUCCAGCGGCUAGCAGCCUGGGAAGCAACGGUGGAUGCUCGAGACUCAUUGGGCCUCACACCCCUACACCAUGCUGCUCGGGGAGGCCACGCAGAGGUCGCCGGCCACCUCCUAGACAGGGGAGCGCAGGUCAAUGCUGCUGGAUGGCUCCACAAGACCCCCCUUCACCUUGCCACAGAGCAUGGCCAUGGCCCCACCGCAGAGCUUUUGCUGAGCCGAGGGGCUAGCCUCACCCUGAGGACACAAUGGGGUGAAGCGGUCCAGGACCUGGUGUCCGAGGGGGUCUGCCCCAGGUACUGCCCACCCUUUGCUGAGAGCAGGAGUGGGAGGGGCACAUAGCCCCAGAGGCCCUG